GCAGAUACUGAGCUUGACCACAGGCUGCUGCUGCUCUCAGAGCUCAGCUCCACCAGCUGACGCAGUAGCGUCUAGCAACAGUUAGCAUCGCCGUCCAGCAAAGAGCCGUCGCCGACCAUUGCUGUUGUCGUUUUUCAAUACUAUUUAAUCCACAAUGAAGAAAUUAAAGCGUCCCUCCUCCUGACGUUCACACUGUGGUCAGGGAGGCUGUUUUUCCGCGGUGAGGGUGACUGACAUGGACGCUUGUGACAAUAAGGAUGUGAAGCUUUCUGCCGAAGUGGAACCGUUCAUCCCACAGAAGAAAGGUCUUGAAGGAUCCUUGGUCAGCAUGAGUCUCUCUGGAGAGGCGGGUGGUGGAGGAGGCAGCGGGGGUUUAGGAGGAGGUGGUGGAGGAGUGGAAACCACGCCCAUACCGAGCUACCUCAUCACCUGCUAUCCUUUUGUCCAGGAGAACCAAGCGAACAGGCAACAUACCAUGUACAAUGGAGGGGAGCUGCGCUGGCAGCAGCCAAACACUACACCUGGAGCUCCAUACCUGGCCUACCCCUUUUUGUCAUCCCCCCAGCCUCCUGUAUCCAAUGACUAUGCUUACUACCAGAUUAUGCCAGCUCCAUGCCCUCCUGUGAUGGGCUUCUACCAGCCCUUCCCUGGCACAUAUGCAAGUCCUGUGCAAGCUGGGGUCAUCAACCCAGUCUCCGCGGAUGUCGGGGAAAGACCAAUGCCUCUGGGGGCGGCAUAUGGGUUGGCUAAUCAAAGAGGAAGAGGCAUGAUCCGGCCUAAUGCUCUCCCAAAGCCACAGUUGGGCGUGUGUCAGCCUCCAAGGGGUCGCAGGCCUCCAACAAGGAAUGUUGCUGUGCAGAAGGAAGUAUGCACCUUGGGACCUGAUGGUAGGACCAAGACGGUCAUGCUGGUGGAUGCAGCACAGCAGACAGAUUCCCCAGGUGAGGUGUCGGGGCGAUGUGCUGCUGAGCAGGCUAGUCCUCUGCUGUGGAAGAACCGAACAAAGAGAAGACGGGCAACCCAGGCAGCAGAGAGCUACAACGAGCAUGGUGCCAGUGAGGCGGAUAUAGACAGUGACAGUGGCUACUGCAGCCCCAAACACAACCAGGCAGCUGGGGUAACGCAACGAACAGCAGAGCAUGCAGCAGCACCCAAGGGAGUAGAGGCUGGUGUAAUGACAGCCGAUACCUGGGUAAGUGUAGCCUCUCAGGCUCCCCCGAAGUCCUGGGGAGACAGGAACGGCCAGUUUCACAGAGCAGACCAGAGGAAGAAUCUUGAACAAAGAAACUUCUCACAGGAUUUUCACAGUGGCUAUCCAGGACGUUUGCCACCCAACCAGCCAGAACAAAGACUACAGCCAACAGUGGUCACUGGUACUGACAUCACCCCAGAGCCCCUCUAUUUUGAGGAUGAAGAUGAGUUUCCAGAUCUUGCUACUGGGAGCACUGUCCAACGCAGCACCAAACCAGAAUCUGUGCCCACUCAGACACACACGCAGCCUAAACUGCCCAAAAACCUGCUGGAUAACCUACCAGAAAACUCCCCCAUCAACAUUGUACAGACACCCAUCCCUAUUACCACGUCUGUUCCCAAGAGAGCCAAGAGCCAGAGGAAGAAGGCUCUGGCUGCUGCCUUAGCCACUGCACAGGAGUACUCCGAAAUCAGCAUGGAACAGAAGAAAUUACAGGAGGCAUUUACCAAAGUCGCAGGGAAGAAGAGUAAAACCUCAGUUGAGCUGGACCUUGGAGACAUGCUGGCAGCUUUGGAGAAACAUCAGCAGGCUAUGAAGGCCAGGCAACUCAACAAUACAAAGCCACUGUCUUUUGCAGUUGGAACAACUACUCCAUUCCACAGCUCCAGCUCGACCAACCUGCCCUCCAUGUUGAAGGGUCAUCAGAAGCCAUACUCGGCCCCACACAAUGCCCUGGAUUCCACCGCUCCUCGGGUCAAGAGAGGGAAGGAGAGAGAAAUACCCAAAGUCAAAAGGCCAACGGCCCUGAAAAAGAUCAUCUUGAAGGAACGUGAAGGAAAGAAAGGGAAGGUGAGUGUGGAACAGGAGUCGACGGGUCAGGAGGAGAAUGGGGACGAGUGUCUACGUUUCACUGAGGAUCUUACACAAGAGCCUGCCUCUCAAGAAGAGAAUGGUCUGAGUGUUCCCAGUGAUGCAUCCCUUUCCCCUGCCAGCCAGAACUCUCCAUACAGCAUCACUCCAGUGUCGCAGGGUUCUCCUGCCAGCUCUGGCAUUGGGAGUCCCAUGGCUUCAAAUGCUGUCACCAAGAUUCACAGCCGGCGCUUCAGAGAAUACUGUAACCAAGUGCUGAGUAAGGAGAUCGACGAGAGUGUGACUAUGCUGCUGCAGGAACUGGUUCGCUUCCAGGAGCGAGUUUACCAGAAAGAUCCCACCAAGGCAAAAUCCAAACGCCGCCUGGUCAUGGGUCUCAGAGAAGUCACCAAACACAUGAAGUUGCACAAGAUUAAGUGUGUUAUUAUCUCUCCAAACUGUGAAAAGAUCCAGGCCAAAGGUGGUUUGGAUGAAGCGUUGUAUAAUGUCAUUGCCAUGGCCAGGGAGCAGGAGAUCCCAUUUGUGUUUGCCUUGGGCAGAAAAGCUCUUGGACGCUGUGUCAACAAACUAGUGCCUGUCAGUGUUGUCGGCAUUUUCAACUACUCUGGAGCAGAGGGUCUCUUCAACCGUUUAGUGUCACUGACAGAGGAGGCAAGGAAAGCCUACAAAGACAUGGUGUCUGCUCUGGAGCAGGAACAGGCAGAGGAGGCACUGAAAAAUGACAAGAAGGUCCCACACCACAUGGGACAUUCCCGUAACCACUCUGCUGCUUCUGCCAUCUCCUUCUGCUCCAUCUUUUCUGAACCGAUAUCAGAAGUCAAUGAAAAUGAGCACGAAACCAACUGGAGGAACAUGGUGGAGACUUCUGAUGCUCUGGAGCCUGUUGAGCUAGAGCAGAGUCGCCCUGCACCUCCCACAGCUGCACAGAAAGACACUGAAGCACCAAGCCACAACCACCACAGCUCCACCACCACCACCACCACCACCACAAACCCCAUCACUGCUGUUCAGUCUGGAUCCACUGCUCUCCAGUCCAGAGCUGGACCUUCCACACAGGGCAGCGGAGAAAAAGACGAGGUCCGUGCUGACGACCGGCUGGAGCUGGCCUCACAGCAGAGCACAGAAACGGGCUCGUUGGAUGGAAGCUGCAGGGGUCCACUCAACAGCUCCAUCACCUCCACCACCUCCACACUUGUCCCCGGGAUGUUGGAAGAGGCAGAGGAGGAGGACGAAGAGGAAGAGGACUACACUCCUGAACCCAUUUCUCUGGAGGUGCCCACCCUCAGCAGCCGCAUUGAAUCGUGGGUGUCCAAGACCCUGGAAAACCUGCAACUGGGGAAGAGCCAGGAAAGUACAGAAGACGAGGACGAGGAGGAGGAGGAGGAAGAAGAAGAGGAGGAUGAAGAGGAGAGAGGGCAGAGUGAAGACGAGGAGGAGCUUGAGUCUGCUGGCAUCACAGAGAUGGGGGUGAAGGGCGAAGAGCAAGUGGAGGUGAAGAAGGUCAUUGGCUGAAAUCACUUCAACUCCUCCCUCUUGUGUUUGUUUUUUACAUGUACUCAUUUGCUCACUUUUCUGGCUCUCACUCAUCCGUCUUCACAGCAGCCAGCAGCUUUUCUUAUUCGUCUUUAACCCCUGACACUACACAUAAUCUCAGGUAUCCAACCAACUGACCAACACUCACACCGCCCAUAAACGCAUCGUGAAGUAACUGACCAACCCACAAACACACAGACCAACCAACAAGUUGCGCAUAUUUUGAUUGGACAGGCGCUUCUUCGACCGCAUAGCCUGCUACACUUGAAAUCAUGGGAAGGUUUACGAUUUCCCUCCUCGGAAAACUGAACUCUUGUUAGAGUCGGGGGAAUUUUCUAGGAGCAAGCGAUGAGCAGUGAUGAUGAGAGAUGAUGUUAAACUGCUGUGUAAAGGAAGGUCCACUCCCAUCUUUACUUCAUAGGGAUUAGCUGAUACUACCGUAUAUUAGCCAGGGAUGUCCCGAUACAGAUCUCUCGUCACAUUUUUUUAAACCUGAUCAGAGGUGAGCAGACCCCUCCAUCAUUUACUUCAGCUGCUGGGCUUUUCACAAUUUCCAGCUGUCACCAGUUAAGUUUGUUCACACUGUAACACACAGGUUUGUGCAGCUCUUCUUCUUAGGACUCUUAAACAAAGCCUCAUCUAGAACCAGUUCAUGUCCUCCUACCUUUACCUUAACCUAACCACAACUCAAAUCUUAGCUCUAAACCUAACCAGUUCCUCAGAAAUGAGGUUCUUCCUCAGUA